CAUUCGUGAGCGGACCCGACCACAGGCGAGCGAUGAUUUGGGGGAACGUAAUGUAAAGGGAAACAGAGCUGGAAACAAGGAACAGUAGAGUGAGAGGAUGACGCGACCACAUCUGCUUCAUGUGGUGGGAAGACAUCAGGAGUGGCAGGCAAUUUUUAAACAUGGGAGGAAAAAGACAGACACGCGCUCUCAAAUAUCCACCCAGAGAUACUGCGCGUAGGAUUCGGACAAACAUAGACUCUGACUCAGGCUAAAAACAGGAUAAGAAACACAUUAAGAGAGGAGUUGCAUGUGCAAAACCGGCCAAAUGUGCAGCUGCCUCACUGAUAAUCCCUACAUGUUCUUGGCAUUUAGCUAAGCAUGAAUUCUUCUCCGUGUAGGAAUGUUUUCCAGUUUCAGUAAAAGAUUUGUGGACUCCUGAGAGACAAUCCCACGAUGACAGCGGAUUGGCUGAUGAUCCUGAUCGCUGACUGACGACACCUGUGAGGGUGCAACGAGCCACCAGGCUGCCUGUAUAAAAACAGCAUCUUUACUCAGCAACAAACUGAGCUACUGGUUCCAUCAACAUACCUGUCAACUGCAAAGCGUGUUAGCCACUGCCGAUUGAGAAAUGUCAAAGAAGGUGUUGAUCGUCUAUGCCCAUCAGAGCAGCGGCUCAUUCAACGCCGCAGCCAAAGAUGCGGCAGUGGAGGCUUUAACUGCCGAUGGCUACACGGUGGAAGUCUCUGACCUGUAUGCCAUGAAGUUUAAAGCCACUGCUACUGCUGAAGACAUCAUUGGCGAAGUUAAGAAUGCCGAACACUUCCGUUACGCAGAGGAGACCAAAGUGGCCUGGGAGGAGGGAAGGCUUGCUGCUGACAUCACUGAAGAGCAGCGCAAAGUCACUGGGGCAGAUCUGAUCGUGUUUCAGUUUCCCAUGUACUGGUUCACUGUGCCUGCGAUCAUGAAGGGCUGGUUUGACCGGGUGCUCACGCUGGGCUAUGCCUACUCGCACGAUAAGAGAUACAGCCGUGGAAUCUUCAAGGACAAGAAAGUAAUUCUCUCCUUCACCACUGGAUCUCCUGAGUCAAUGUUCAGUGCUAAUGGCAUCAAUGGAGACAUGAAUGUCACUCUGUGGCCCCUACAGAAUGGUAUCCUCCACUACUGUGGCUUCCAGGUUCUGGCCCCUCAGAUCUUCUGGGCUCCGUCUCACAUUCCCUCCAAUGCCCGCAAGACCCUGCUGGACGACUGGCGCACGCGACUGCAAGGCCUGCUGGAAGAAGAGCCACUUGCCUUUACCUCCAUGGACUGCUUUGACGGGGAGGGUUUCCAGCUGAAGCCUGAGGUCCAUGAAAAACAUGCCACCAAGGAGUUUGGCCUGACGGUCGGGAUCCACCUGGGAAAACCGAUUCCUCCCCACAACCAGAUGAAAGCUGGAGUCUGAAGACUGCAGAGCAUUGCACAGCGUUGUACCUCUGAUGAAAAUAAAACCUGAAAUGCU